CCUCCUCGGUAGAAUAGAGACGUGAGGAUUAAAUGGCAAUAGACAUAAAGCUCUUAAACAGAGCCUGCUCGGAGUAAGCCCGAUUUGGGUCUUAUCAUAAUUACUGCACUGACACCACCUAUCAGGCCUUCCUAGGUACCAGGCAUGGUGCUAAGCUUCUGGUUCCCGAUGGCUUCAUUAAACCCAUUAGCAGGAUCUGAGACAAUGGACCACCCUCAUUCGAGGGAUGAAAGUCAGUCACCUGUCCAAGGUCAUACAGCAGAGCCUUGGAGGAGCCACUUUUGUGGUCACUGCUGGGUGGCUUGGAGAACCUCCCCCUGGAGACUGAUCAAGAGGAGAAGGCCAGGAACAGCCAGUGGGCCAAACCCCCAGCCUCACCUGCUACUCCAGAGUGUGGAGCAGUCCUCAAGUCUGACCUGGAGACCCCUCUGCCCACUAGGGAGGCUCCCAGGAUGUCCGUCACACCGGAGGGGCUGAGCCCAGAGUCACAGAUACUCAACAUGACCGUGGAUGAGUGCUUCCAGUCCCGGAACACCGUCCUCCAGGGACAGCCCUUCGGGGGCAUCCCCACCGUGCUGUUCCUCAACAUUGUCUUGUGGGUGUUUGUCCUUUUGCUUUACUCCUUCCUCCGGAAAGCCGCGUGGGACUAUGGGCGCCUGGCCCUGCUGAUCCACAAUGACAGCUUGACCUCGCUGAUCUAUGGGGAGCAGAGCGAGAAGUCGUCUCCCUCGGAGAUUUCCCUGGAGAUGGAACGCAGGGACAAGGGCUUCUGUUCCUGGUUCUUCAACAGCCUAACCAUGAAGGACCAGGAUCUGAUCAGCAAGUGUGGGGAUGACGCACGCAUCUAUCUCACGUUCCAGUAUCAUUUCAUCAUCUAUGUGCUCAUCCUCUGCGUCCCUUCCCUGGGCAUCAUUUUGCCCAUCAACUACACUGGAACUGUUCUGGACAGGAAUAGCCACUUUGGUCGGACCACCAUCGUCAAUGUCUCCACAGAGAGUAAGCUCCUGUGGGUGCACAGCCUCUUCGCCUUCCUGUACUUCCUCACCAACUUCGUCCUCAUGGCCCAUCACCGCUUGGGGUUUGUGCCCAAAAAGAGCCAAAAGGUCACAAGGACACUAAUGAUCACCUAUGUGCCCACGGACAUCCAGGACCCGGAGAUGGUCAUCAAGCAUUUCCACGAGGCCUAUCCAGGGUGCGUCGUGACCAGAGUCCACUUCUGCUAUGAUGUCAGGAACCUGAUUGACUUGGACGAUCAGAGGCGCCAUGCCAUGCGGGGCCGGCUCUACUACACGGCCAAGGCCAAGAAGACUGGGAGAGUAAUGAUCAGGAUCCACCCCUGCGCCCGCCUGUGCUUCUGCAAGUGCUGGACCUGUUUCAAGGAGGUAGAUGCAGAGCAGUAUUACAGUGAGCUGGAGGAGCAGCUGACUGAUGAGUUCAAUGCCGAGCUCAACCGUGUGCGGCUGAAGCGUCUCGACCUGAUCUUUGUCACCUUCCAAGACUCCAGGAUGGCGCAGCGUGUCCAGGAGGAUUACAAGUACAUCCAUUGUGGUGUGCACCCCCAGCAGUCCUCAGUGACCACCAUCGUCAAAUCCCACCACUGGAGGGUCGCUCAGGCCCCACACCCAAAAGACAUUAUCUGGAAACACCUGUCCAUCCGCCGCUUCAGUUGGUGGGCCCGCUUUAUUGCGAUCAACACCUUCCUCUUCUUCCUCUUCGUCUUUCUCACCACGCCUGCCAUCAUCAUCAACACCAUCGACAUGUACAACGUCACCCGCCCCAUCGAGAAGCUCCAGAGCCCAGUUGUGACCCAGUUCUUCCCCUCCCUGCUGCUCUGGGCCUUCACGGUGAUAAUGCCUCUGAUGGUCUACUUCUCUGCCUUCCUUGAGGCCCACUGGACCAGGUCCAGUCAGAAUUUGAUCAUAGUGCACAAGUGCUACAUCUUUCUCGUGUUCAUGGUGGUCAUUCUGCCCUCAAUGGGACUGACCAGUUUGGAUGUCUUUUUACGCUGGCUCUUUGACAUCUACUAUCUGGAGCAGGCAACCAUCAGGUUCCAGUGUGUGUUCCUGCCGGACAAUGGCGCCUUCUUCAUCAACUAUGUGAUCACCGCCGCUCUGCUCGGCACGGGCAUGGAGCUCAUGCGCCUGGGCUCGCUCUUCAUGUACAGUACCCGGCUCUUCUUUUCUCGAUCGGAGCCAGAAAGAGUCCACAUUCGGAAGAACCAGGCCAUAGAGUUCCAGUAUGGGCGUGAGUACGCGUGGAUGAUGAAUGUCUUCACCGUGGUGAUGGCGUACAGCAUCACUUGCCCGAUCAUCGUCCCUUUUGGGCUGCUCUACCUGUGCAUGAAGCACCUCACGGACCGCUACAACAUGUACUACUCCUAUGCACCCACCAAACUGAGCGAGCAGAUCCACAUGGCUGCGGUCUCCCAGGCCAUCUUUGCACCGCUCUUAGGUCUCUUCUGGAUGCUCUUCUUCUCCAUCCUUCGAGCAGGUUACCUCCACAGCAUCACCUUAUUCUCACUGUCUACGCUUAUAGCUUCCAUGAUAAUUGCCUUUUUUGGCAUUUUUCUGGGGAGGCUGAGGACAUCCUCUGACUAUGAGCCCGAGGAGGAGACCCAGACGGUGUUCGACAUGGAACCUAGCAGCACGUCCUCCACCCCCACCUCCCUUCUGUAUGUGGCCACCGUGCUGCAAGAGCCAGAGCUGAACCUGAGCCCAGCCUCCUCUCCAGCCCGGCACACUUACGGUACCAUGAACAGGCAGCCAGAAGAAGAAGAAGAAGAAGAAGAAGAAGAGAGCAGUUUGAGGGGCUUUGCAAGGGAGCUGGAGUCGGCCCAGUUCCAGGAAGGGCUGGAACUGGAGGGCCAGAGCCAGUACCAAUGACCAGCACUCCAGGCAGGGGCAGGGGAGAGCCUGGCAAGGGGAGGUUAAAGGGUGGCCCGGGCCUCCCUGCUCCCUCCUGCAGACUUGGACGCUCCCGACGGAGACAUCUGCUGCUCAGCCAUAGCCUGGUGGAGGCCCAGCCUGCUGACUGGCUAGGAUGGAGGUGCCUGGCGAUGCCAAUGAGCCCCAGGAUGGCAUGGAGGCAGCACACACCGCGUCUUGGGAAGGUAGCUGAAGCCCAAGACAGAGACUGAAUGGGGUCAAGAUGGAGAAGGUGCACAUAGGAAGGAGGCAGGAAGAACCCCAUGGAAUGCUUUCAGGGUCUCCGUCACCCUCGCUCCAGCCCUUUGAGCUGCUGCUGCUGCUACUCUGGCCCCCAGGGCUCCCUGUGGUCUGAGAAGCAAAGGUACGUGUUCUGGGCCUCAUCACUAAGUCACAAGUGACUAUCUCUUCCCAAGUUUUCCUGCGGGAAAACUGUAAAGGAGUCUUUGCACCCUAGCCUCCAAGCAAGGGGCAGCUAAGAAGAGGUGACUGAGCCCCUUCUGCCCUCAUCUUAUGUCCCCAAGCCCAGCAAGGCAGAGACCCUUCUCUCUCCUCUUACAAGGGUGGCCAGGACCCAGCCACUUGAGGUCAUUAAACAAGACCUGAAUUAUAGUGAAGGAACCAUGGCAAGUUCUUGCUGGUUACUGUAAGGUGGGACAGGACAGAGACAGUACUCAGGGUGGGGGCCUCUCCCCAAAAGUCUGAGUGGUGGGAAACCAGAUACACUUCCCAAACCCUAGAGCUGAUGAAAAGAUCCCAAAGCCAGGGAGGGGACAAUAAGCUUCCCUUUCCCCCUUGUCAGUGCUGGGCCUCAGCUCGGCCAAGGUGGGUGGCAGCGAAGGGUAAGAAACCCAGGCUCUGAGCUGAAGGAUCUGGCCAUUCCCUGCCACCCAAGUAGGAACUUUCCUUGCCUCUCUACAUCCUCCCUAAGGGUCACCUAAGAGGCCUCCGGAGGUCCCUGACUUCCCACAGUGACAUCAACCCGGGGGCUGGGGGUGGGGUGAUGGGUGUUUCCCAUGGAGAAACCCUUCCUAGUGGGGCUGCCCUGGGAGGGCAGCCUCCACCUGAGGCCUGGAGAGGCUGAAUCCUGAACAGUGCUGGUGAUUCUCAGCACCUCUGCUGUGGCCAGGUGACAUCUGCCACUGCCUCUUGGGAUAGGCUGCUAUCAGGACCCAGUGCAGCCUACCCAGGGCGGACAUGGAGAAAGGGUCAAGUUCCAUGGAGUCUUCAAGUUCCUGAGUCUCCUGUAGCCCCUUCUCAGAGGUCUGGGUUACUCCCUGCCACUGGCGCAGCUGGCUCAGCGCCCCUCACCUCAGAGUCUCUACCAGGAACACAUGGCCCUGAGGGCGGGGCACCUAGGCCCUGCCCUGCUCCACCUUUUCCACAUCCCAACCCCAGCAGCUCCACACUUCAGCCCAGCUGAGAAGUAGUUGCUCAAAGGCCAUUUGGUGCCGUGGCCCUCAGGGCUUGGGUUGAAUUUUGCCACGGGGAUUUUUCCAGAAAACCUGGGUCAGCUGGGAAGGAGGCCGGCUUCCAUUCCUGACCCAGCUUGGAAUAAGAGGGAAAUUACACCCAGCCAAACCCUUACACACCAGUUCCCAAGGGUCCUCUCCCCCUGACAUUAAAGCCACAAGGGCAAGGGACCCUUUUGUAGCUGAGUGACCAGGCCCAGCUCUGACCAAAGUGGGAAUAAAGUAGGCCGUGCCCAACCCUGUAGGGCAUAUUUGGUAUGUAGGGGUUUGAGGGUCUGCCAAAGCUGGCCUGGGGCCUCUCCUUCCCUGGGCACCACUUGUUGGCACCUGUCCCCAGUCCUGCUGGUCCUGCCCCCGACUCUGGGCAGCCUGUGGCAGUUACAUACGGAAAGGGUCCCACAGGCAACAUGGCAGGAUGGCUUGGUGCUCCCUCUCUGAAUCUGGGUCAAGUGCAGCCUGGUUCUGGCGUGAAUAAUGGGAAAGUGCCAGUCUCCACUUGCUUCUCCCCUCUUCCUGGAGGCCUAGGCUCACAGGCAAGGCCCUGCCCAGCCGGCUGUGCCUCAUCUCCCAUGGUCACUGGGGAUGUGGGGGUCAUCCUUUAGCUCCCCACAUUCACCCACAUCCAGGCCCUCCCAGGGCACCUCUGCACCUGCCUGCUCCCCUAGCUCAUUCCUGUCUCUCCUGUUGGCCUCUGCCUACCGCCACCCACCCUCCCUACCCCUUCCACCCUCUUGGCCCUUUAUGGAGGGAGCUGCUUCUUGGAGGAGCUUAUAUGGCCUGGCCCCCUGGAGGGGCCCUCCCCAGGCCCUGAGCAGCCCCAGCCUUGCCUGCCUGUCCCUCAGCUGCCUCUGGAAGCAAAGUGCCUAUCAGCAGCAUUGCAUCCUCUGGGGCCCCUGGAGGGGUUGUGGACUGACCUUGGCCACCACCACUAAAGGAAUGUGCCAGAAUGCUGAACCUUCUUGUUAUCAACGCUGUGACUGUGCCUUGAAUAAACAAGUCCUCCCAACCUCA